GAAGGAGCCAUGUUGGAGCAACCCCCGGCCCUCCGAGCUUCACAAAGCAAAUCGUCUGAGGAAACUCAGGGGCACGACACAUCAGACCCCACGAUGUCCACCGGCGAUUUCCAGACCCGCUUCGCCUCCGUCAUGGAGAGCAUGCUGAAGAGUUCCAUCAAGGAGACAUCCACACUUUUCGAAACUACGGUCGACGAGCUGAAGGCAGAGAUCUCCAGAAUCAAGAAGGAGAAUGAUAACCUCAGGGCCAGAUGCAGCCAGUUGGAAGAAAGACCGUCGACCGUUCACAGCAGAGGAAGCCAGGCUCCUCCGCAGCCAUGCUCUGAGAAGCGUGACAUAGCUGUUCAGUGUGACCUCGCUCCUUUACGCACCAUGCUGGUGGAUCAGUGUCAAUCAUUGGAAUAUUCAUCAUUGCAAAGCGAACAGCAACGAUGCAGUCAGUGGGAGAUGGAGAACAGUUUACAGGAUCACAACUAUGGGAAUGCUGAUUCCCAAAUGACACUUAUGCUUGUCAAAGAGGAGGAAUCUUAUGAUGAUUCGUCUUUGCUGCCUGUCAUAAAGCAGGAGGACGAUGAGCCCAACGUAUUUUGCGGCAAAGUCACAAAUGAAGAACGGGCCACUGCUUGUGGAAAUGAAAAUGAAGGGCCUCUCAUUGACCACGUCUGUUCAACUGGAGAGAUGUUUAAAAAUGAUGAAGAGACUAGAGUCACCUCGGAACUACGCUGUCAUGGAAUGGAUAAUGAUUUAGAAAGAGCCCAGAACCAACUAUCUGAACCAGAGCAUCACCUAGUUUUCACAAUAAAAGGUGACAUAGGGGACAAGACAGAGGGACAACUUGUAACGUCUGAAGAACACACAUUUGUGACGGCUCAGCAACAACCCAUGGUUGAACUUCAAAAGGAGCAACUAUCAGUGGGUCCACAACAAUGUCACCGCGAGGAUGAAAUGGCAAUAAGUGAACAGACUGAGGCUACUGUGCACCAAUAUGCAAAUGUGCAGUGUACAAAGGAACAAGUGACAUAUGAAUCUGCAGCUCCAGUUUCCCCAAAUAAACUGAACAUUAUUAAUCCAUCACCUCUGCAGAAACCUAUGGAGUCUGCUGUGGGAGACGGGGAGAACAGUGAAUUAGGUUCUUUACCUUUUACAGUGGAAUCUUUGACUAGAGGAUGUUCCUCUGACAGGAAAAAAACGUCUGGAUCUCAACAAUCUUCCAUGGAAACUGAAGCUCCACCCACCGAAAAUUCAUCUGCAACUGAAACAUUAAAUUCUCCGCCAGCAGAGUCACCACAAGCAUCACCAGUCCAGCUCAGAGAACGUUGCUCCUCUGUAACGCUUCAAGAUGCAAUGUUACUCGUUGAAGCAAUGAAUCGGUCAGCAGGGGAAAAUUUCUUAUCCUCUUUCAAAGGAAUGAGGGAAUCACCCCAAACCCAGUAUGUUCCUCACAUGGAUUUGUUACAAACUAUGGACAAGGUCUCAGCAGAGCCACAGACACUGACACUCCCUUCGGAAACUUGUGACGCUGCAGGCAGUCCCGCCAUAACAUUGCUGUCCACAACACAAUCAACAGUACAGACACUUAGCACCAGUCCUCAGGUUACAGAUUCCCAUUCAACCAAUAAACCCAAGCCCCACAUUAAGAAUGUCAUGCAAAACCCUUUGGUCACAGCAUCCAAUAUUGCCACAAAGCAACUGCCCUCAUCAACCUCUGAUACUCAAAAGAGUGAGCAGUCCCAACAGCAAUUUCCUCGUCCGGUGAUAAGAUGGUUAACAACACUUAAACCGGGUAUUGUCAAUCCUAACAAAAUAAUUGUGGUGCACAGACCAGAAAGCUUAUUAAUGCCUUAUCAAUUUCCUGCACUGUCCCCAACCCAGCCUUCUACUCUUGUGUCAACAAUUGUUGCUGCACAGAAUAAUAGUUUACUUUCAUCUUCUACAGAAAGACCUUCCUUUUCCUCGCUCCCUGAGAAAACAGUAUCUGAGGCCUCAAGAAAAUCAGUUCCUGUUGCCCCUUUCCAUUUGACAGUCACCUCAACAGACAAGCAGUCAGGCUUUCUACCCCAAACAAAAAGACAGGUGUCAGUUGUGGCAUCAGGGACACAUCAAUCUCCACUGGAACAAAAACGCUCUGCAGUGGUCAGAUUAUUCAGGCUGCCAAUUUCUGUAUCAACGAAAGAAUCUGUGUUGGUCCCAAAACUACUCUCAUAUGGAUUUCAUGAACGGCCAUCAGAGAUGCAUGUGACAUCCCCGAACAUUAGCCCCAGUUUAAAAGAAACUGCAGAUUCUUUGUCUUUAAAUACCUCUCAGUUUUCAAAAGAGAAAAAUAACAAUCAAGAUAUGUACCACAGCGAGUAUGUGCCGCCCCCUACACCACGCAAGGUGUCAGCAUCAGUCUUUGACAUAUCAACAGAAGCAAUCAGCAAACCUUCAACUGUUGAGCCUAUUUCUAACUUGGAGAAGGAAAUAUCCAGCAAUGCACUGCAAGGCUGUGCACGUUCUAACGACGCACCAAUAGCGGAGAAAGGAUCAGCUAACCUGAUACAGCUAAUCCCUAUCCCGUCCAAGGACAGAUCUCACCCUCAUUUGCAAAUGAGCCAAACUCAAUUCUUGGCACAGCUGAGAGUGUUACCUGUGGUCCAAGCCCCCCAAAAGGCCGCCGUCAACGAUGUUGCAGAUGCAGGAGCUUCUAGUGCAGAAACAAGCACCAAAGGCAGGAAAAGGUUGGAGAACAACACCGUCAUGGCCCGACUCCGAUGUCACCUGAAAACUCACUUGCCUACUAGAAGAAGCGAAACAAAGCCAUAUCCAUGCACAGAAAAGGAAAUUACUACUGUGCGUCCUAAGAAACAUAGAUUACAGAAUGACGAUCCAAAUAAUACAAACACAACCACUGAACAAAUUCCAGUGAAACCUAAAGAAGCGGGUUUCGUUGAAGACGUUGCAUCUCAAAACAAGGCUGCUAAUGACUCCAUUCCUAAUAGUCCAAGGACUGGAUUAUGUAGAGACCCAAAACCCAAGAGGAGUGUAAGUGAACCUACCAGAAGGUCAGAGCCUAAUAGUGAAACCACUCCUAAACGCGGUAGGAGGUCUAGCUCACGUAAAGUUAGUGUAUGUUCUAAAAAUGUUAAAUGCAGUUCUGUUACUCAUGUAAGGCCUAGUUCAACUAAAGAUGGGGCUAACUCUAAACGGACAGAAGGCAGUGUUACCCUUAAAAAUACAAAACCCACCACCAGGAGGAUCAGUUCAAGUAAAGGUGGUGCUCCCCUUAAACAGACUAAAUCCUCUUCUGUGAGUGCUAAAAGGUCUCCUUCAACCAGACAACAGUCAAGUCUUAAGAAGACUAAAUCCUCUGCUGCCUCUCCCCAGAAAUCUAAUUUAAGUGAAAAUGUUGCAAAACGUAAAAUGUCUACAAGCGAAGUGAUUGCUGUAAGCCAAUGGUCUGCUGUCACCCAACACAGUUCGAGCACGAGACAGUUUAAAAGGGAAUCCAGUCCUUUAAUUCUUUGGAGGAAAACCACAGAUAUUGCUCGACCAAAGACUAAAUCUGGCUCAUCAAGUGUUUGUUGCCCUAAAUUGGCUAAAGAUGGUGUCAGUCCUGCAAAGAGUGUAGAAACCCCUCCUGCUAAGAAAGCCAGAUUGAAUCAGGAAGUUACAAAGCCUGAAAAGAAUUUAAGCGGUUUGAAUGCAAACAAUUUUGCGAAAGCAGCAAAAGCAACAACAUCAGCUAAAAUAAAAAAUUCAAAUCAAUCCAAACUUCAGAAUGCAGCUAAAACAAGACGGUUAACAGAGAGAACACAUAAGGCCCGAGCUGUGUGGACUCCACCCACCAAAAAAGCCAGUGAAACACCUGUCAGUAACAAUCAGUGUGAGGAGUGUGGCCGCAUCCUCAGCUCCAGUGCUGCACUUGAGAGCCAUGUCGCUCUUCAUAGAGGAAGCAGACCUUUCUCUUGCACGCUUUGUCAGAAAACUUUCCCGGACGCCAAGGGUCUUGUCAGGCAUCGCAAGGUGCACAGCAAAGGUAAGAGUCACAUCUGCAAGGUGUGCGGGAAGGGUUUCGCCUACGGUUUUACCCUCACCACACACAUUCAGAAUGUGCACAACAAAGUUAAAGCCUUUGUCUGCCAGAUCUGCGACGAAAGGUUCUUCAUAAAGCAACAAGUGGAAGAACACGUACGAAAACACACUGGAGAGAAACCAUUCCAAUGCAACCUCUGUGAAAAAAGAUUCAUUCGAAAAGUAAAACUAGAUGUACAUCUGAGGUGGCAUAACGGCGAGAAGAGACACUGUUGCUCGUACUGUGGAAAAGCGUUUUUAGAUUCCAAUAACCUGAAAAGGCACAAGUUCAUCCACACAGGAGAGAAACCAUAUUCCUGCCCUCACUGCCCCAAACACUUCACACAGUCAGGGCACCUGAAAAAGCACGUGAAAAAUAUGCAUAACAUCACAGGAUAGAGAGACUUAGAACAUGAUGUGACUAUAACUGGUGUUGAAAAGAUUUUUGUUUGUUUUUUCUUCGACAAAUAUCAUUUGCAAAACGAAUAUAAUUGGAGAGAUGCCAUCUGUUUUCGCAUGUCGUUUAUCAGAAAAUAGUGUAUUAUUGUGUUUUAAAAAAUGCUUCUAGGAAUUGUUCAGCAUGAUGUGUUUAUGUCUUCCUGCCAAGUUAACCAUGGUCAUCUCCCAGUUCUAGCUCCAUAUUUCAUUUACUUAUUUCAUUUAAUUUAACUUAGCAAAAGCCUUUUUCCUAAUAUGUCAAAGUACUCUUUUAAAGUAAAAUGAAAAACUUAUUUCCAGGAAUAUUUGUGAAAACACAACACUCAUUUGUCUUUCUGUGAUUUAUUUGAACUCAUAACCCUUUUUUGUGAUAGCUGAUAUCAAAAGAACUGUGAGGUUAUUUAAAACAGAGUUUGAAACACUAUCUGUUACUUGAUGGCUUGUUUUGGUUAAUGUGAUAGAAAAGUGCUGAGGCUAAUCCUACCUCUAGUGGCCGUAAAAAUGUACAUGAGCUCUCUUGGACACUUGAUCUUUAUAGUCCUAAAUAUUGGAGCCCUCGCACUUUUUUACUGGAAUAUAUUUCACUUUGAUUCCUCACAAUAUCUUCUGUGGAUAUGUUAACAUGUCUUGGUCUCUUUAUGUCACUCAAAGUGUUGAAAAUAUUGUUUUGCUUUUCAGAAAAGAUGUACAAAAAGUAUAAUUUUACAAUAAUUUUGAAAUUUAUUUGUUUCAGCAAUUUUUAAGCAGAAAAGCCUAG